UUACGACAUUGGGCUUAUAACCUUUUCGCAUUUCAUUUCAUUUCCCUCUUUUUUUUUGAAGCAUUAUACACGCGUAACACGAACAUACGAAUAUGGAAGGUCGCCACGGACAAAAGAAAGAGAAGGUGGAGUCACCUGAGUUACUCAAGGCUAGACAGGACCGUGAGGCUGUCCUCGUACGCGAGUACUGUAGCCUCAAGGACUCACUCAAAAAUAUCAUGAAUUCCAAGAAGAGAGAUAAUGAUGCUCUUAGAGUUACUACUCUACUGCUUCGCAAAAGUCCUGACUACUAUACCAUUUGGAAUGUGCGUCGAAUUAUUCUCCAGGAAGGGUUCCUUGAUAAAGCAGAUGAUGAAGCCGUCGACAAGAUUUACAAUGGCGAACUUGAAUUUGUGCAAGAGAAUCUGAAAUUGAAUCCAAAAUCUUACUGGAUGUGGAACCACCGCCGAUGGUGCCUAGAGCACAUGAAGCAACCUCAUUGGGACAGGGAGCUUGCUAUGGUGAGCAAGUUUCUCGAGCUAGACGCUCGCAACUUCCAUGGUUGGGAUUACAGAAGAUACAUUAUUCGGCAGUUGGAUCUCAAGGACCGUAACGCUACGGAAAGAGUUCUAGAACGCGCUCAAUCAGAAUUUGACUUUACAGCGAAAAAGAUCAGUCAAAACUUUUCAAACUAUUCGGCAUGGCAUAACAGAAGUACAUUGCUGAUUAAGUUGUCUCAGGAUAUGACAGAGGAAGAAAGGCAAGCAGCAGCGGACAAUGAAUUUGAUCUCAUCAAGAAUGCGAUUUACACCGAUCCAGAGGACCAGAGUGCGUGGUUAUAUGACCUGUGGCUCAUUGGAAAAGAGGAGAGAAGUAUCUCGGUCCUUGGUGCGACUGUGAUCUCAUUUCACCCAUUGGAGGUGGUUGUUGCGUUUGAUGAAACAGUUAAGCUUUGCAACCCUUUCACAGUGUCAACCAUGCUGGAUCAUGUCGCUGUGCCAUUACAGGGAGAAUGGAAGGCUACAGGGUCAGACUCAUCCAUGGGUAGUAUCUGGAUCUUUCAGCAAGCGCCAGGCGCAGAGUACGGGCCUACUGUCGAGAUUGUAAUCUUUCCAGACGAUGUCUGUGGUGUUAGGUCAGGGUCGCGACUCACCUCGGCGGUUUGCUUUGAAGCUGAGACGUUGGAACAGGACUUUAGCAACAUUUCAGGUCGACUUAAUCGGCUGGCCAUUGGACAGAACUUGAUGUGUGAUGUUAGCAAGCGUAUUGGACCAGUUCCAGAGCCUGAUGGCACCAUGGAGACACAAAGAACGAAGUCAAAGUUCCUUGUCACGUCUUUGACAACAUCUAACUCGCUUAAGGAUAGAGUUACAUUGCUGGACCGCGAAAUUGCUGUUGUUCGUGAGUUGAUGGAGCUAGAGCCAGAUAGUAAAUGGCCAAUCCAAAUCCUUUCAACAUUGUUGUCGGAGCUUCGUGAGACAGUUAGUAUUCACUCUGCACAAGCCAAGACCAUUGAUGAUGAGUGCAUAGAGCUUCAGGAAAAACUCAUUUCAAUCGAUCCCCUACGCCAAGAGCGAUAUGAGGACCGUCGAACACAGCUUGUAUUCGAUCGUGAAACACUGCAUUUAAUCAAGGACUCUAAGCGUUUUCCGGAAAUUGAAUUUGCAGACGAGCAGCCGAAGGAUCUGGACCUGUCUAUGCGAGGAUUGACACACAUCCCGAUCUCGUCAUACCUGAUGCACCUCCACACCCUCAAUUUGGAUUCCAAUGCCAUCACCUCGACUCGUUUCCUUCGUAACCUGCUCAAUGUCCGCCAUUUGAAUUUAUCCAAUAACUUGAUUGAACAGCUUGAAGGUUUACAACAUGCUCCUAGUCUAGAGUUUUUGUUGUUAGAGAACAACAUGAUUGCCAAGUGGGAAGACGUGGUUGCAGGCUUUGUGUUCUGGCACGAAGGGAAAUUAGGACGUACUGGUGCACAAGUCAAAGUCCUGCUAGGCGGUAACCCUGUUGUCGAAAAUGAAGGUGGUGAGUAUGUCUUGGAGAAGCGAUGGGAAGACGUAGGCGAAGUUGGGGUGGAGAUCCAAUGGAAGACGGAAGAGCUUCGACUUCAAGAGGAAGCAUUAAUGGGUGCUGAGGGACCUGUUGGUGUGGGUAACACUCAUGCAGACGGUAGUCGGCGCGUGAGUACAACGACUGUCGAAUUUGAUGCUGGUACCUCACAUUAAGAAAAAUAGUAUGGAUAGUCUGGUCUCAAAAUGUUCUACAUCCAUAGCCAAUAAAUACAGGCACAAUUAUACAGUCCUACGUCUAAAAACGCGUGGGCAUCCGCACCCAAAAAAUGAAG